CAUUAUAUAUAGCCAUUCUUAUUGAAUAUCAAAACUCACAUCAAAAACUAAAAACCUAACAUAAAAUCUCCUUAGUUUUCUAUGUUUUGUGUCACCAUGUCUCCUCUCAACUCAUCCGAUGCUCGACUAAUUUUCGAGUCCCUCGACCAAAACAACGAUGGACUACUGAGUCUCGAGGAGCUGGUAUGGCUCCUCGAGAAAACAGGUGUUCAUACUAGUGAAGAUGAACUCACUUCGCUAGUUGGCCUAAAUGGUUUAGAUUUUGAUGAUUUUUUUUGCUUUUACGACUCAUUAAUAUUGAAAACUAAUGAUAAUAAUGGUAGAAAUGGUGUUAAAAAUGAUAUCGAUGAUAAUGAUCAAGACGAGGAUGAAGAGUUGAGAAAGGCCUUCAAGGUGUUUGAUUUGAAUGGGGAUGGAUUUAUAUCAUCCCAAGAACUUCAAAAUGUGCUUUGGAAAUUAGGAAUGUGGGAAAAAUAUGGUGGGUUAGAUUGUGAAAGAAUUAUACGUAAAUUUGAUGUUAAUUGUGAUGGUUUUGUAGAUUUUGAUGAAUUUAAGGGAAUGAUGCUUGCACAUUGAACUUUUAAACUAUUUAAUGUUCAUUGCUUGGUUAUUAAUUUAUUAGCUUUUCUAAUGAAAUU